GAAAGAGAAAGAGAGAGAGAGUGUGAGUGAGGACGAAUCAUAGGUUGUGCGUCUCCCUUCCAGAUGCCACUGACUGUGUCUCCAGCCGUGUGAAUGGAUGUGCGUGUGUGAGUGCAUGUAUGUGUGAACAUCCGAGCCACCUGUCAGGGCAGGAAUGCAACCCGGAAAACUCCCCUCUCCGCAAGGGAGAACGGUUCCAACACCCCCGGACGCCUCACUUUAACUUGGAAGAAAGUCAUCUGAGCAGGCGAGCCGUCAACCCAGGAAGAGAGAAGAUUACAGGCAAUCGGGAUUGGGGGGAAAAGAAAGCUCCCCCCUUUGGAAGAUUACAGGCUUGAGCACAUGUGAAGGACAUAUACCGGGAAGAGGAUUAGGUCAUGUGCACUCCUGCCUACUUGUCGUCUCUGCCUGUUCCUGUCCUCUGAAUAUUUGCGCAAUGACCUUUGGCGCACUUGGAAUACAGCGGACGCACCUCUGAGGUGUGUGCUUUAAAUCCAAAGCGCCAUGUGGCAUCAUCCACCAAACUCCAAUCAGGUUGGCAGGCAAUAAGGCUUGACAGAAGAUGCGCCGGGGCCGCCGCUUUAUCGGAUGGCUGUUGACGGGAAUGGCCGUCCUGUCGUGGCUAAACGCCGUCUGGGGCCAGGACGCUGACGACUGGCAAUACGAGGAAUGCAAACUUUCCCGGCCCGGCCCCCCGGCUACUAUUGUGACCAUCGAUGAGGAGAGUCCCAACGGGACGGUUCUGGUGGAAAACAUGCAGAUAAAUGGACGCGCACAGGACCCGGGCCGAACCAUCUGGUUGACUUUACUGGACAACUAUGACUACUGGGUCAUACUGGAACCAACGCGUCAGCGGCUCUAUCUUAACAGUACUGGCCGGGUUCUGGACAGAGAUCCUCCCAACUACAUCACCACCAUUGUGGUCCAAGUCCAGUGCACCAACCAGCUGGUCGGUACCGUCAUCCUGCACGAGGUCCGAAUCGUGGUGAGGGACCGCAACGAUAACACGCCACGCUUUCAGCAUCCACGUUACUACGUGGCGAUCAGUGAGCUCACACCGGUGGGAACAACCAUAUUUGCCGGGUUCUCAGGAAGAAAUGGCGCUACUGACAUCGAUGAUGGACCCAAUGGACGUAUAGAAUACAGCGUCUUGUAUAACUCCAAUGACCCGGAAUCCAACAGCACUGUAAGCGUCGCAAACACUAUAUCGGGAAACAUCAUUCUGUCCGAAAGGCUCAACUACGAGGAGAGAACACGUUACCUGGUUCUGAUCCAAGCUAACGACCGGGCACCUUACCCUCCCAACAGACGCACCGCCACCACUACGCUGACGGUGGACGUCCUGGACGGCGACGACCUUGGACCCAUGUUCCUCCCGUGCGUUUUGGUCAACAACACGAACGACUGCCACCCCCUCACCUACCGCGCCGCCAUCCCCGAAUUCACCCAGCCGAGCAAACUGAACCCCUUGAAUGUGACCCCUCCGAUCCGGGCCGUGGACAUGGACAGAAACAUCCAGCCACCCUCAGACAGGCCCGGCAUACUUUACUUCAUCCUGGUUGGCCAUCCGGUCACAUUUCCUCAGUACUUCUCCCUCAACAAAACCACGGCAGAGCUGCGCGUCCUGCAGCCCAUCAGCAGGGACUUGUAUCAAAGGUUCACGCUUGUUAUUAAGGCGGAACAGGACAACGGUCACCCCCUGCCGGCCUACGCCGACCUAGUGGUGGAAAUCCUGGACGAGAACAACCAGGCACCGUAUUUCCAGUUCGUCACGUAUCAGGGCUACGUGAGCGAAUCGUCCCCGGUGGGCACCACCAUUUCGGCUGGGGUCAACCUCACCACGCCGCUGGAGAUCGUGGCGCUGGAUAACGACGUGGAGGAGACUCAAGACCCCAUGUUGAAGAUAACCCUGGACGACCACACAGCCAUCUUCAGCUUGACCUCCAGCGGCGUAAUCCGUUACCUGAGGCUGCUGAAACCCGUGGACCGGGAGAAGCAGAUGACCUACACGUUCACGAUGCUGGCAUCGGACGGCGUCCAGCAGAGCGUCCCCGUCACAGUCAACAUUUUAGUCAUCGAUGCCAACGACAACACACCCACCUUUGCACAGGUGUCCUACAGCGUGGACCUAUUCACAGACAUGCAACCAGGGGAGACGGUGCUGCAGUUAACGGCGGAGGACGCUGACGAAGGGUUAAACGGACUGGUGACCUACGAGAUCCUGGCCGGCGCUCAGGGACAUUUUGUCAUCAAUAACCGCUCUGGGCGCAUCACUGUGGCGCCCGGUGUCAGCCUCGCUGUUGGACGAUCUUUUGCGCUGACAGUCAAGGCGUCUGACAAUGCACCGGAAUCCCUCAGAAGGAGUUCCAUCACAACUGUCUAUAUCGAAGUGUUACCCCCCAACAACCAGAGCCCACCACGCUUCCCCCUGCUCAUCUACUACCUGGAGGUGAGCGAGGCCACGAGGAUCGGCGCGAUCCUGCUAAAUAUGCAGGCCACAGACAGAGAAAACGAUCCCAUCACAUAUCACAUUGUGAGCGGAGAUUCCCAAAAGGUGUUCAACCUCUCAGAAACGCUCGGCCUUCUAAUUUUGGAAAAAGGUCUAGAUAGAGAAAGUGACGAGGGAUACCGUCUGGUCGUCACCGCCUCGGAUGGCAACCCCGGAGGGACUUCAACAACAACAGUCAACAUCGUCGUCACCGACGUCAAUGACAACGACCCCGAGUUUGACCCUGCCACCCCAAUUAACUUCACUGUUCGAGAAGAGGAAGCCAACCUAUUCGUGGGACAGGUUAAGGCCACGGACCCCGACGCGGGGGCAAACGGCCAAGUGGGCUACCGCAUCAUCAAUCAUCCCGACUUGUUUGUAAUCGGCGCCAACGGCAGCAUCUACACCCAGGCGCCACUCGAUCGCGAGCUCCAAAGCGAGUACGAGCUGGUGAUCGAAGCCUCCGACGGGGCCUCGGACCCCCGGCGGACCACCCUAACCCUCACGGUGCUGGUGGCGGAUAUCGACGACAACAGCCCGGUGUUUUCGCAGCAGACGUACGUGGUCAACGUGCCUGAGAACAGCCCGGUGGGGACAGUCAUCCUGACGCUUAGCGCAACGGAUGCCGACCUCUUCUCCAACGUCACCUACCGAAUCAAGUCGGAAUCGGCCCGCCGGCUUUUUUCCCUGAACGCCAUCACGGGAGAGUUGGCCGUGUUGCAGACUCUGGACUUUGAGAAUCUGGCAGCUCUGGGAAUGGGAGUCUCUUACACUUUCCAGGUGGAAGCUGUCGACCAGGGAGGCAUUACGCCCCCGGGGCUGGCUACCGUCACGGUCCGGAUCACGGAUAUGAACGACUUCUCCCCCGUCUUCCGCCAGCAGCUAUAUAAAGGCAUGGUGGCACCGAACGCAGAGAAGGGAACGGUCAUCACGACUGUGUUUGCAGAGGACCAAGACCCACCGGGCACACCGGCCAGUUUUGUGCGCUACAGAGUGGACGAGGAGAGGUCGCCGUACAGUGGGAGCAUCUUUGAUGUGGAAGAACUGACCGGUAGGAUCAUCACCAAGGUCAACCUCAAUGAAGAGCCCAGUGUUACCUUUAAAUUGUUUGUCACGGCCUUUGACGACGGCGAUCCCGUGAAGACGAAUAGCACCUUGGUGGAGAUCACAGUCCUUCAGCCUUCGCGGAUUCCUAUUUUUACCCAGGAGGAGUACAGGUUUCCUCCGGUUAGUGAGCUGGCGCCGGCGGGUACGCCGUUGGGGACCAUCGUGGCCGCCGCCAUCAACCAGACCAUCUACUACUCCAUCGUGGCUGGAAAUGAUUUAGGUCAUUUCCGUGUGAACAACAGGACUGGCGUCAUCUCCACUGCCAAGCCGCUGGACUAUGAAAAUGUGACCAGCUACGUCCUCAGGGUGCAGGCCGACUCGCUGCUGGUUGUUAUGUCAAACCUGCGCGUGCCUUCCAAAACUAACACGGCCAAAGUGUUCCUAGAGGUGCAAGAUGAGAACGACCACCAUCCCGUCUUCACUAGGAAGCUGUACAUCGGCGGCGUGACCGAGGACACCAAGAUCUUCAGCUCAGUUCUCAAGAUAGUGGCUACCGAUCGGGACACUGGCAAUUUCAGCGCCAUGGCCUACCGCCUCAUCAUCCCACCCACAGCGGAGGGUCAGGACAGCUUCGUCAUCGAAACGUACACCGGCGUCAUCAAGUCGGCCAUCAUGUUCCGAAACAUGCGCCGGUCCUACUUCAGCUUCGAGGUUAUUGCCACCGACAACUACGGGGAAGGUCUGAGCAGCAGCGCUGACGUAGUGGUGUCUGUGGUCAAUGCAUUGGACAUGCAAGUUAUUGUUUCAACUGUCCCACCUACUCUGGUUGAAGAGAAUAAGGACCAACUCAUAAGUAUCCUGGAGCGCCACAUCCAGGACCAGAUCCCCGGCGCCAAGGUGAUCGUGGAGGCCAUUGGGCCGAGGCGUCAUGGCGAUGGCUUCGAGCUGGAAGACUACACCAAGUCGGACCUGAUGGUGUACGCCAUUGACCCGCUGACAAACAGGGCCAUUUCACGCCAGGAGCUUUUCAAAUUCCUCGACGGGAACGUUCUGGAAAUCAACAAGGAGUUUCAGCCUUACCUGGGCGAGGGCGGUCGAAUCCUGGAGAUUCGAUCGCCGGAUAUCGUAGCAAGCGUGAAGAAGGCUGCCCAAGCCGUAGGAUACACAGAAGGGGCUCUUCUCGCCCUGGCGAUUAUUAUCAUCCUCUGCUGCAUCCCUGCCAUCCUUAUCGUCAUGGUUACAUACAAGCAGUUCAAAGAACGGCAGGCAGAGUGCGCCAAAACUGCCCGGAUACAAAUGGCUUUGCCGCCAGGAGGCAAGGCGCCACCCACCAGCGCGGCUGGGGCAAACCUCUACGAAGAACUAGGGGAUAGCAGCAUGAGGCGAGGCUACGGCAGACAGCAUCAGCAACUGCUGAGACCAUCUCUGCUGAGACCCGAGGAACUCUCCAUGGAAUCCGGUAUCGACCCUGGCCCAGACUACUACACGCAGGACUACUAUAAUUAUGAUCAAGGGUAUGACCUCCCUCAAUAUGGCAGUCGGAGGAGAUUGAUUGCUCCCGUGUAUGAUGAAUAUGGAGAGGUGAUCAUGGAAGAUGACGGUUAUUACUACAGUCCGCAUGGACCUGAGGGGAGAGGCAGAGGCAGGGGCAGGGGCCGUGGCGGCAUGAGGGGCCGCGGUCCCCUAAAGAGGGUCGCGUUUAGGGACGACGAGGGAACGGAGCAAGCCGAACCAGAAGAUGACGGCGAGCCGUCCAAGGCUGCCAAGAAGCUGAAAUCUGUCAUCAAACUCAGCAAACUCCUGGCAGCCGGCAAGAGAGCAGAGCAGGCGUCCGCCACUGCCAGCCCGUCUGCGUGGAAGAAAGCCAAAAUGUUCAAGAUGUUCGGCGUGAAGAAAAAAGAUAAGGAUUAUGCCAAACUGAUGUCAGCUCGCCGGAUCGAUAGUUUGGAGAGCCUGAGCGACGGGCCGUCACCUGCGGGACCCAUUGACAGCAAGUCGGGCGCUCGCAGCCAGCUGGGCAAAGUGUUGAAGAAAAUCAACCUCGGCAAGAGGUUGCGGGCUCGGAGGAAAUCCCAGAGUAGUGUUAGCGUCAACGGCAGCGAGAGGGAUGAAGAGGCCUCGCGAGUGACCAGCGAGGAUGAAAGCAAAUCUAAAGUGUCCAUUAGCGUGACGGAGAGCGAGCCAGAAGCAGUGGCGAGCGGAAGCGGUAAAGACAGAGGCUCGGAUGACGAGUCCUCAGAGAAAAGCAGUGUGGAUAGAGAGUACCUAAAAGUGGAUUUAGAUCGGGACGACGCCAACGAAAGCACCGUGGACUCCGAAGAAGAGCCCGAUCGAGGGCCGGGUGAUUCAGAUGAAGAAAGCGAGUCUGAAGGAGAAGGAACUGAAAAAGAGUUGGUCAGCGAGAAAGAAUCUGGAUCAGAAAAGGAAUCUGAAUCUGAGAAGCCAUCGGGCACGGAGAAAGAGUCUGAAACUGAGAAAGACUCUGAAUCAGAGGGAGAGUCGGAAACAGAGAAGGGCUCGGAGUCCGAAUCCGUCAAAGCAUCCGAUUCGGAAAAAGGAACGGGGACGGCUACGGAGAAGGAUUCGGGAUCGGAGGUGGAAUCUGAUGAAGAAUCAGAGGAGGGAGAGGAUUCUGGUAGCGCUAAAGAUAGUGGGUCUUCUGCUCGUUCAUCCAUGAGAUCAUCAGUGACUGAAGCUAGCAAGACAGGCAGUGGCAGUGGGACCGGAACUCGGAGCGGGACUGAAACGGGGAGUAGACCGAGUAGUGGCAGUGGAAGCUAUAGCAGGAGUGAGAGUAGUAGCAGGACUGGGAGCGUUAGUGGAAGUGCAAAAAGUCGAAUUGCAAGCAGUAAAUCUGGCUCAAGUAUGAGGUCGUCACAAAAGACUAAAACAUCAGCAAGCACAAUAACAUCUGAAAAGUCCAGCCAGAAGCCCAGUGACGCCGAAUCAGGGACGGGAACAGUCAGUGAGGCCGAAUCGGGGUCAGGAAGUGAAGGAUCGUGGUCUAAAGGGUCCAGCCAGAGGAAAACGUCUGCUUCCGACUCCAUUGGAGGGUCAUCCCAUAGCAGACAGGUGACUGAAGAGAGUUCCUUGGGCAGUAGGAGAAGUUCCUCUGCUACCGCGUCCACCAGCGGAAGCCAGCGCUCCCGAAAAUCGGUCCUCAGCCACAGAUCUGAGGGCACAAUAACCGAAGAGAGCGAAGGCGAAGCUUCGGAAACCGCCGAUGAAAGCAAAGAGUCGGCGAGUGACAUCAGCGACGACGCCGUAUCCAGAAGGUCCAGUGUGGCGUCGGUAGACCCUAGCCCAUCUGCCCCUUACACUAGUCCUCAAUAUCCUUCUGAAAUCAGAAGUAUCAGCGACACUUCUGAAGAAACGUACGGAGGAUUAUCACCGAUUACCGAGGUCGACGAAGACGCCAUCUCCACUGACAAGUCCAUCGGCGGUGGCUCUGUUACCGAGGCCAGUAAAGACACCGAGGCCACAUCGGAUGCUGAGUCCGAAUCAGAGGGGAAUCUCACGUCGUUUUAGAAAACGAUAGUACAACUGUAAAGUAAGAGAACACCGGUGAUCUCUGCAUGGGAGUGAACACACUUGGACUUUUCUACUGCAACAGCAAUCUUUUCCAUCCUUUUUCUUCUGUUUGAGUGGGCAUUCAUCACUCUUCUUGAUCUUUUAUUAUUGCGUGAAUACCGACAGUCAAGGAUUGUUCUUGAGAAUGCUACAAUUACUAUUCAACAUCCUGUUUUUAACCCUUUAUAGGUGAAGUAGCUAUUUUUGGGGGGUCAUUUUGGGUCAUCUAGGCCACAUGCCAUAGGCAACAUACAUGACCCAAAAUGUGAUGUCCACAUAUGUAGAUGACAGGUCCCAAUUAUAAUGAUAUAUAUUAUUAACCCUUUAAGGUCUGGGCCUAUUUUGUCUGAUUUUGCAUGCCUUUGAAGUUGCCUUUAUAUUUCAAAGAAAGAAUUGUUUACGAUGGCCUGGUUUGGUCCCUUUUUUUGUGACACCUUGAACUUCAUGUCCAAACUGUUGUUUCAUUCACUGACCAAUUAUAAAUCAUCAUUUUGGGCCCAAAAAGACCAAAAAUUCCAAAAUCGUUUUGUCAAAUUUUUUAAUACUGAUGUCCAAUUGACAACCAAACAUGCGUAACGAACCGUUUUGAAACUUUGUAAUAUUUAUUCAACAUGUUAGGAUGAACAUUCAACCAAAAAAAAUUAGAAUAAAUAGUCUUAUAUUUGACAAUUCAACAUAAACAACAGGUAUAGCCAUAGGCGUUUUUUGCCUUUAUACAUGCUCUAGUCAAAACAGGUUAUAUACAGCAGACCGAACAGUGAAAAAAUAUAUACCAUCUAACACAAAAAGUGUUUAGAGGCCAUCUCUUUAUGAGUUUAGGUAUUGCGGCCCAUCACCUGAUGAAAACUAUGUACACACAAUCAAGCUUCUUGAACACACAUUUAUAUAGACAAAUUGAGAAGACUGAUUGUGGGGAAAAAAUAUAUAUACAACAUUGGGAAAAAAAGUAUUUUCAAAAAUAUUUACAAUAAACAAGUUAAAUUUUUUUCAGGCUUGCCACUCCGAAAAGCAGUUUCGUCCUGGAAUUCGACACAGGGCGACAUCACACAGCCCACACUUCCACGGGGUGUCGGUCCUCUUUCCACCCUUCCAUUUUCAUUUCACUUUACUUUCAUUGUCACUAUAAAUGUACAUGAAAAAAAGUCAGUAUUUAUGAAAAUAAUAAAGUAUAAAAUAAAAAUAUAUACAGCAAUAAAUAAUAAUGGAAAUCUAUAUGUAUGACAAUAGAAAGAAUACCAUAGCUGAAUAUGUGCUACAUCCCUAAUCUUCAUAUAGAAAGAAGAUCAUCACAAUUAUAAAUUCCUGCCUUGGAUACACACAGUGCACGUACGACUUUGAUCUGAUAUGCACAUUUUAUUAUUAUAUACACAAACACACACUUAUAUUGCAUCAAAAUUAACUUUGUCUUGCAAUAUCAAAAGAAACUUUCAAAAGAAACUUUUUCAGCAUCAAAAAAAAAAAAGUGAGUUUGCUUACCUCUGCUCGUCGAUGGCGUCAACCACGUGUUCAAAUCCGUCACUAUCUUCACUCGAGGACUCUUCCGAAGAAGACGAUGAUGACGAAUUUGGACCAUCCUCUUCCUCAAGUUGAUCAAAAAGCACAAUUGCCUGCGCUAAAUUUAGUUUUCCGUUCAUUCUCAAAGUCACACAAAGUCGCUGCUCGAGCCACACGGCCGUCGCUCGCCCCCUCGCUGCUUCAGAACACUCCUCCCUCUCGUUCGGUGGAACCUCGCACGGCAGUUAUAUUUAUUUAAAAAACGCAUUUUGUGCUUCCACUGUGACUUCGAAAGGGUUCGUUUGAUUUGUGUUUUUUUCAUGGAUCUUCCGUUUUGAAAAAGGACAAGAAAUGAUGGAAAUAUAGACAUAAAGAAAUGAUCCAUGCAGCGUUUUAAUGUUUUUUUGAGAGGACAAUAAAACUAUAAAACUUAAAUGACAAUAUCUCACGUUUUAGUUGGUCGAUUGACUUCAAAUAAUAACGAGAGUAAACCGCAACUUCCGCACUUUAAAACGAGACCAACCAACGGCAUGUGGGUGACGUAAUUAAAACGUGAGGGCGCUUCAAAGACGACGUGCGCUGAGGACGCGCCGGCGCGUCCUUCGACUCUCAAGGGUUAAUAAUUAAUAUAUUUUUAAUUUUUUUUUUUUUUUUUAAUAUAUUUAUAUUUUUUGAUAAUAAAUACAAUUAUAAGUGGAUAAAAUGUUAAUAGAAACUUACAUUUAUUUAAAUCUGAUUAAAUAAACAGAAAUACUCUGGUUAUGGACCCCAGUAACACUCUAAAGUUGAUUUUUAUUUCCUCCAAAGUGAUUAACUCUUUAGAGGAAAUGCGGCUAUUUAAAAAAAUGAAUAAAUAAAUAAAAACAAUUUUUUAAAUUUUUUUAAACUUAAAGACCUGGCAUUCACUCUACAUUUACAUUUUGUGAAGCCUACAUGACCUAAAAUGUGAUGUCUACUUACUGUAAGUGGACAUCAAGUCUCAAUGAUAAUUAUAUCGUUUUGUUUAUCAUAAAUGAAUGGAUUUUUAUUUCAUGAAUAAUUUUCUAAUUAUAAAAUAAACAUUAAAACAAAAUUGAUCAAAUCCAUUUAUAAGUUCUUGACUUACCCUGAACCCAAACAAAAAGACUUACAGUCAGACAUUCAGAACCCAACAAAUUAGCCAUUACAUCAUGAAUAAAAAGAGAAAUACACAACGUUUGCAGCUCCUAAUAACACUCUAAAGUUAAUUUAUUUUCAUGUUUCAGUGCCAUUGACAGCGCUAGACGUCCAAGGGCGAGGUAGAUGUCCGUUAACCCCUCCUAGUAAAAAUGGAUUGAACGUCUAGCGCCACCAAUGGUUGCUAACAAGUGUCCUAUAAAGGGUUAAAGGGCAAUUUCUCUCAACAGAUUCAAAUCCACUUUUUUAGGAGUGUCUUUUGUAUAGUUUUUAAAGGAAAACCGCAAAAAGCUACCACUAAAACUGAUCUCUUGUCUGCUCAGCUGGGAAGAA